UCCACCCGACCACACAGGUACCACACAAAAUGGGCUUCCGCAAUAAAAGAGACAGACGUCAGUGCUGGAUGGUCCCAUCUCACCAGGUGACUGAAAAUCAACAACAGGAGGACAGUGACCUCAUCAAACCCAGAAAGCUGCCAAAUCCCGUCCUGGCUUCCCACCAACACAGAGCUCUCCAUCAAGAGCUGCUAUUCUGCCACAGACGAGGUGUGCUGCCAAGAAAAAAGCCGGAGCUGCUGUGUGUCCUCGAACAAAAACAGAGACAGAAGAAAAAGCAGGAGCUGGCUCUCCACCCUCCCUCUGACUUGGAGGUGAAGCUACGUAUACGGCAGCAGAGAAUGCAAUUUUACGAGCUGGAGGAGAAGAAGAGGAGCGAAAGUCUGAAGAAUAUGCCAGAAUUUGUUCGUGUGAGACAAACACUGAAGCACAUCCCAAAUCCUUCCCUGUGACCAUUCGAGAAAAUCUGCACAUACCCUUAACGUGUAGUCCAGACAGAUUCUUGUUGAGACUGUAAUUUGAAGGAACACGAUCCUUCAAUGACAACUGCUUGUAUGUCAGAAAACGAUAAUCAAAAUGUAUCUGUGAUUAUUUUGAGAAUGCUUAAGUGUGCUGACUCAUAUAAACUGCAGUAGUUAUGAGUUGCAAAAAGGCUCCUGCAAGCUUCACAGUGAAAAAAAAUCAAUUUUGCUACAUAUUACAUUUCAGAGGAAAAAAUAUAGAUCUUUUAAAAUGAAUGCCAUGGGUAAAGAUUUCAGCCACAACAAUAGAACCACUGCUGCUGCCAGGUAAAGGACCACAGCCACAUUGAUCCUUUUGUUAUGAUGCAAAUGCAGCGUUUUGCUUACCUUGGGCAGACCUCAUGUGGUUACAUGUGGCUCAGGUUACUCUGACAUAUACCACCACCGAACUUUGCAUUGUUGCAGACUGAGCACAGUCUCUUUGCUUGGCACACGCUGACACAGCAGGAUGGCGAGAUGACGAGGCCCACCACAAUAUAAGAACUUCUAAGGACCACAACAAAAAGUCCAAGAUGUUGCCCUAGGCUCCAAAAUCCCCAGAUCCCAAUUUAACUGAGCAUCCUGGACAUGUGUCCUAUAUACUGCUGCCACAGGACCUUCCCAGAGGUCCCGUCUCUAUAACAACAGAUCAACUUUAGUAGCAAGAGAGAGAGGGACACAGAAAAUAUCAGGCAGGCAAAUCUGGCGUGUUGGCACAUCAGUGCUGUUUCCAUUUUUUUAGUAUUAAUAAAGCAGCAUUAUGUUAUUUAAUCUUAGCAGGACUUCGACCUUUUGUAGAGUUUUCCAUUAUGAAUGCAUUUGGCUGUAAUGUCAAGUAACCCCUUUAAACAACUGAUGUAAAAGAUUUACAUGACAAGAAUAUUUUUUUUUUCUUUUUUUAAUAAAACAUCCAGGGGCAGCUGACCAUUUACAUAUUUAUAUAUAAAAAAAAAAAGACAAACACUUGAAUUGCAUUGAAUUAAAAUCUUCUACUGACAACACUGAGAAAGAGUCAUUAUUCACAACAAUGAAACAGCAGUCAUUAAAAACAAAACAAACAAAAAAAGAGCUUAAAUGUUGCCCUUUGUGCAGCAGUCUUCAUUUGUAGCGCUCCAAUGUAUCUUACCCUUUAAUCAAAGCUCUUGUACAGAUUUCACAAGUUUUGGGAAACAGCCACUGACAUCACAAAGAUGGGUUACCGUUCGGGAGGCUAACAUAAGAGAAAACAGACAACGGAUGAAUAACAUUUGAGAGAAGUUAAAACAAGUCUUCACGCUUAAACAAAAGUGACUAAGUGCCAGCCGGUAGUCGACUCCUGCAUCCGUGUUGUGUUGCAAACAAAACAUUCAGAUUUAUGCCUCUGUACAGUAAAAUAUCCACACCUGGACUUUAAUGCUCUGUCAGAAAUGUAAGUACCAUUACAGAAUUCUCAAACAGGCUCCGGCAUGAGGAAAAACACAGAAGUCCUGCCGAAUCCCACACGUUCACCCAUUUUCUUGUACACAUUCUCAAAGACACGUGAAACCUCGCGCGCCGUCGAUCGUAAACAAAAAGUCAAUCUACAACUUUUGUGAAUGUUCUCCAAAAUAUUUUAAAUACAAACUGUAUCCACCAGCAGCGACCACACCCACCACGCCCAACCAAA